AUGAGCACCGACGGCUGCGUGUUGCGCCUCGGCUGGCUCCGGAAGUCGCCGCCCGAGCAGAAGCUGCGGCACCACGCCUGGAAGCAACGCUGGUUUAUCCUGCGGAGGGGCAAGACGAGCGGUGACCCGGAUGUUCUAGAAUACUACAAGAAUAAACACACCCGGAAGCCCAUGCGGGUCAUCGACCUGAAGUCCUGCGAUCAGGUGGACGCAGGUGUGAACCUGAACAUCAACAGGAAGGAGUUGCGGGGGAGUUUUGUGUUUAGCAUCAGGACCACCGAGCGCACCUUUUACCUGGUGGCUGAGACACGGGAGGACAUGGAAAAGUGGGUCGAGAGCAUCUGCCAGGUCGCUGGCUUCCGGCAGACUCAGGAGAGAGGAGGCCCGGUGCAGCCCACCCCGUCCGCCUGCGCCCCCCGGGAGUACCUCUCCUUGCAUCACUGUGUGAGCGGGACAGCAGGAAGUGUGCCGAGGGAGGUCCUCACAGCCAGCAGGUGUGCCAACUUGGCUGAGGGCUUCGGGGUCUCGUCCCUCAUGCGGAGAAGCAUAGGCGUGCAGACACCUCCCUGGUGCGCAGGAAACUGCAUUUGCUGGGCCUGCGGUCAGACCCCUGGCAUCUGUAGCCGUCCCAAGCAGAGCCGGCAGGAGUCAGAAUUGCCCCAGCCAGGGCACACCAAGCCCAACGAGAUGGAAACAGCUCAGCGGGGCAGCCGAACAGUACCCUUCCCGCAGCGGCCAGUGGCCGACGUGUCCGAGCUGGUCCCCCAGCACUGGCCGCUGUCAGUGAGCACCCACCAUGGCAAGGGUGCGGCAGACCCUGCCUCGGAGCAGCCAGUGUUCUACCAAGGGAGACGGAACGUGCUUGGGUCCCUGGGUGAGCCCAGAUCAGAGCCAGAGACGCUCACCUGCAGCGGCGAGUGUGACCUGAGGCGGAUGGCAGGGGCCGAGCCAGACCUGCACAGUCCACACCUGCGCCACCCUCUGCCUGGUCAGGAUCCAGAAACCUGUCUGAGGAAAGCAGCUGUGCGCCCACUGCGCAGCGCCAGUGACGAAGACGACUAUGUGCCUAUGCAGCCAGGUCUCCCUGUCCUGCUGGCCUUGGAGCGGGAACGUGCUAACGUCCACAUCCCCCCCAGCCCGGGGCGCCGCCGCUCUGACUCGCAUGGCUCCCUGCCCACUGCCCUUGAUGGGUACCGCAGCCCCAGGCAGGAACGUGAGCUUCUGCCGCCCCCUGUCGACCGCAGCCUCAAGCCUGGCCGGAAAACAAAGCCGACACCUCUCCCCCUGACAAACGUCGCUGUCAUCGAUGAAUGCCCUUUGACGUCACUUGGCACCAGCUCUGAGCUCGGGCCCAGCCACAGCUCCCAGGGCCACUGCCCCGUCUCCACCGAGACCAGCACCAGCGCAGACUCAGGUGAUGAUUCUGAGAGCCCCGCACAUUUGUAUCAGAACUCGGCAUGUGCAUCUCCGGUUCGCCCCUGCACCGAGAGCCCAGCCCCUGGGAGGAGCCCUGACAGCAUCAACUACGUGAGUCUGGACUUCGAGCUGUGCAAGGUGCCUGGGGCAGAGCCAUCCCCGUCCGCUGUGCGUCCCCGCGAGGAGGUGCACUAUGUCCAGGUGGAUGAGGUGAAGACCCAGGCCCUCCAGAAGACUGCACGGGAGUGGGCGCUCUGGCGGCAGGCCUCGGAGCCCCCCAGGGGCCCCAAGCUGUGA